CACACACACACACACACACACACACAUCUACUCGACACAAAAGGUGAGGAGUUGAAGGCAGGGGCACCGAGAGCGCGUCUCUCCUAACCUUCUUGCACUGCUGAUGCAUUGACUGUUGGUUGUGCUUUGCGCGCCGUCAAUUUCCUUCUUCCUUCCUCGCGCACAUGUCGAAUCGCUGCUCUUUGAAUCCCCGUCACACCACACAGUAUUACAGUAGCAAUAGCACGUACUCUACCAGACCUGCGGUACACAGCAUUCUUCACAUCCACUGCAUCUAGGCAUCUUCCCGCCAAUUCCCGAACCAUACUGGACCAAGCAUGGACGCCGCAACACCACUCACGCACAAGCCCAUCACGUUCGACGACCGGGAAACGACGCCCGAGCGAGAGACCCGCAUCACCGCCAUCCCCGAUGUGCCCGGAGCAUCGCGUCAUCGGUGGCGCAGUGGGGUCCGUCGCUCCCUUUUCGGCCCCAAGCGCAAGCCAGCAACGCUGCACUGGCCCGCCAUCGAGGGAGAGCAAGACGAUGGCGGCACCGCGGACGCCGGCUCAGGCCUGCGUCAGACCGCGCCAAAAGGUCAAUCCGCCGAUGCCGCCAAUGCUGCCGAAGCUGCCGAAGCUGCCGAAGAUUCUGUGCCGGAGCGCACGGACGAAGACAAGGAGCAGGCCGACCUUGAUGAGUACCUCGCCCUCGUGCAAUGGCGAUGGGAGCAGUGGGCCCAGGAGACUGGCGCAAACGUGCAGGACGACGACGAGCAGCUGCUCGACCAGAACCUCGUUGGUUACGAUGACGAUGACGACGAUGACGACGAUGCGGCAACCAGCUCCGUUGGCUGCGUGCGCCGUGAGCACACACAGCGCGGUGCUGUUGAUGCCCAUGUCCAUGGCGAGGAUGAGGACGAGGACGACUGCAACAUCCUGGACGAAGAGCUGAUGCUGUCGUCGCCGCAGCACCCGUACGACAGCGAAGAGGCACUGCACGAUGCCAUCCUGUUGGAGGACAUCCUGCCUCAGGAGACGGAAGACGAUGUCAGGGCAGUGCUCGCGGCCGAGGUUGGUCACAGUCCUGAUGAUCUUGGCGAGGGCAGCACGUCGCAGCCCUCUCGCUUGUCCCCGGAAGCAGUGGCGGGCGCGCUGCAGCGGUUUCAGGAGCAGCGCGAGGGCAGCUGUGGCAGCAUCGAGCCCGUGGCUGUUCCUCGCGUGUGGCACGGCGCAGAGGCACUGGUGUCCGACACCCUGCGCACCGAAGACGGCUGUCGCCCGUACCUGCCGCUGGAGAAGCCAAAGCCGCUGCGUAAGGAAGUGGAGGAUCUGCAUCUGCCGCAUCUCUCCGACCCGACCUCGUACCGGCGCUACCAGGCGGUCAAGCACUUGCAGGUCGCCCGUGCUGAAGGUGCCAGCAGCAGAGGCGGUGGUGCCCCGGCCUUCGACCCCACCGCCAAUGAGGCCACCCAGCCUGGAUACCGCAUGCACCCUCCCCCGCCCACGCAGAAGGAGCUGGACGCGCUCACCGUUGACAACGUGCCCAUCCUGCACCUGCUCAUGGACAGCAUCAUCAACGAGGCCCGGCUCAAGGCCCUUCCCGUGAAACCAACACCACCAGCCAAGAAGCCAGCAGCCACGCCAGCGCAGAAGACUCUGGCGGUCAAGCCCAAGAAGCAGCAGCAGCAGCAUCAGCAGCAGCAACAGGUGGAUGCCGUUUCACAAGGCAGCAAGAAGAGCGUCAAGCGCAGUGCCAGCAGCCGCCGCAGCAGCCGCAGCAGCCGCAGCGAGCUUCACAAUCGUCCGCGUACGCGCGCAUCAGUGGUGGCAUCGUUCCUGCCGCCUGUCAAGCGAGGCAAGCACAGGCAAGAGAAAAGAGAGCACAAGGUGCAGGUGAGCAAGGGUACGGCGCGGUCAGCACCACCGACAACAACAGCAACAGCAGCAACAGCAGCGAAUGCAACAGCAGCAUCAACCAGGGCCCGCGUGCCAAAGAACACCCACACACCAAAUGAUGGCAAGCCGCGCCCUCACAAGUGCUCCUUCUGUGGUAAGGGCUUCACACGAGCCGGCCACCUCCGCCAACACGAGCGCACCCACACCGGUGAGAAGCCAUACAAGUGCUCCUUCUGCGGUCAGGGCUUCACACAAGCAGGCACCCUCCGCAAACACGAGCGCACCCACACCGGUGAGAAGCCAUGCAAGUGCUCCUUCUGUGGUAAGGGCUUCACACGAGCCGACAGCCUCCGCCAACACGAGCGCACCCACACCGGUGAGAAGCCAUACAAGUGCUCCUUCUGUGGCAAGGGCUUCCCAAAAGCAGGCAACCUCCGCCGGCAUGAGCGAAGUGUCCACAACAGCACAAAUUAA